AUGGCUCAGAAAAGCAAGAUUCUGAUCAUCGGCGGAACAGGGUACAUUGGCAACUUGGUGAAAGCCAUAAAAGAGGUUGAUGUGGUUAUAUCAACUGUUGGCCACCAACAAUUGAAUGAUCAGACCAAGAUCCUUGAUGCAAUCAAAGAAGCCGGAAGUGUUAGGAAAUUCUACCCAUCAGAAUUUGGGAUUGAUGUGGAUCGCCACCAUGCAGUUGAGCCAGCCAAAUCCACAUUUGGUGGAAAGUCUCAAUUUCGUAGAGCGAUUGAAGCAGCAGGAAUUCCGCACACAUAUCUUGUAUCCAAUGCUUUUGCAGGUUAUUUUCUCCCAACUCUGGUCCAACCAGGCGCCACUGCUCCACCCCGCAAUAAAGUUGUGAUCUUGGGAGAUGGAAAUGCCAACGCCGUUUUCAAUGAAGAACAUGAUAUUGGUACAUUUACCAUCAAAUCUGUGGAUGACCCGAGGACACUGAACAAGAUUGUGUACAUCAGGCCUUCCAAAAACGCUGUGUCGUUCAAUGAGAUUGUGGCAAUCUGGGAGAAGAAGAUUGGCAAAACUCUGGAGAAAGAAUAUGUUCCUGAGGAACAACUUCUGAAACAAAUUCAAGAGUCACCAAUUCCAGGGAACGUAAUAUUAUCAAUCAACCAUGCAAUUCUGGUGAAGGGUGACACGACCAACUUUGAAAUCGAGCCAUCUUUUGGUGUGGAGGCUUCUGAGCUUUAUUUGCAAAUUAUCUGCGAUCGAGGCAAUGAGGCGGAAAUGGGAGUCGGCAAUCGAGGCGUUGAGGUGGACACGGCCGGCAGCAAUCGAGUAGUUGAGACGGCAAUGGCGUUCAGCGGUCGAGGAAAGGCUCCGAUUCCACCAGAGUGGCGAAACGAUGAUUGGAUCGACGAUAUGCUGAGUUCAGAUCGAGCGAUGAGUUAUCUCGUUGAGGAUUCCGGCUUGAUGAAUGCGGAAUAUAGUGGUAGCAAAUCCAUCGAACAAUCUUACUGUACCAGCAAAUCAACGCAAGGUCACAGUUCUGUUGUUGAUCCGCUGCAAUCAGGUUUGUGUAGGUUUCGGAGUGUACUAUUUGUGAGAAAAAAAUCAAUCUAG